GAUCAAAAAAAAAAAAAAAUUGGGAGGAUUGCAAUGGAGAAAGUACCCGAAGUCAGUAUCAAUGCAAUUCAAGUUGUUUGCUCUUCAAGUUAUUUCUUGAAGGGGUACACUGCACAUAAAGAUGCAUCAAUACCACAAAUAUGGCCAAGAUUGGGGGUUCGCCCUACACGUCAACCGUCCAAAAGGAAAAUGCUUGCAUUUUAUGCAGGAGCAAUGAACUCAAGGGUGCACGAAUCCUUGGUUCGAACAUGGAUUAAUGAUACAGAUAUUGUUGUCCACCAAAAUCAUCUUAAAACCCCUUACUCGGAGUCGCUUCUUGGAAGCAAGUUUUGCAUCCAUGCAAAAGGGUUUGAAGUGAACACAGCUCGUAUAGGUGAUGCAAUAUACUAUGGCUGUGUCCCAGUUGUUUUAGCUGACCAUUAUGAUCUACCAUUUGCGGAUAUCUUAAACUGGAGUAAGUUUUCGGUUGUUGUUUCAACACAAGAUAUUGCAUUCUUGAAGAGGAUACUACAAAAGAUUGUUGAUUUUGAUGAGUACAUAAAGCUACAAAAGAAUGUGUUGAUGGCGCAAACGCAUUUUGAAUGGCAUCAAAAGCCAAUAGAUUUUGACACGUUUUAUAUGGUUAUGUAUGAGUUAUGGGCCAGAAGAAGUUCUGUGAGGGUUCAUUUGUUCAACUAGUGAUUACUUCUUAGACCUUAAUUGAAUUUUCAUUGCAAAUA